GGCAGUUUUCAGCCCUUAUUGAGGCUGUAAGUCAAAUCUUGUGAUCAAUAUUGAUAGGAGCUGGAAUUGGGGGAAAAAAACAACAGAGGAAGUGGUGGUUUGUCAAUGAUUGGAGAAUGUCGGUGGGUGUUGCAAUGUUUUCCAUCUAGUCAUUGGAUUUCCUCUCUGCUGCUCAAAGCUGCAGCUCUGCCGCUCCGCGAACUUCCUGCACAGAGCCACAGCUCUCAGAGCUUCCACUGUGUCGACGCGAGAAGGGAGACAACAUGAGGAACAAAGUUCUUUGGGAGGGAACGUGAGGCUUGGCACCAGAACAUUACCAUGACAUGAACCAAGGACCUGCCUGGAGCUGUCUCCUUGUUUGUCUUUUUUGUUGUUGUUCUUGAUGUUGUCUAGUGUUAGUCACCUGUCUUACCCAGUGUUCAGGAGUAGAUGAUGAAUUAAUGAAGGUGUGUUUUGCUGAGAUGAAAUUUAAAUGAAUCACACUACUGGCUAAAGGACUGGCCUAGUCACUCCUCUUAUCACUGAGAUUGCAGAUAGCAACACAGGUAUCAAAGUGAGGAUGCGAUCCCCAGAACCUUCUUCACCCUGUCCUGGAGAAGCCCUCCUUCAUGGCCAGUUUGCCAGCUGGGGAUCAGGCAGUAACACCAACAAUGACAGCUGCCCCAACAGUCCUGGUGGCCCAGGUGGACUUUCCCACGCUGUCUCCCCUACUCUGGCUCUGGCCUCCAACUAUGCCUUGACUCUCACCCACACCCACAUACACAUCCAGCGCCUGUCACUGCGGCCGGGAAAGGAAGCCCGUCUGCUGCUGCCUUUGUCAGAGCUAGUGGGGUGCAGCUGCCCUCGCAUCCCUGCACCCCCUCUCCUGGUGCUGUACUGGUACCCCCCAGGCAAACGACGGAAAGGGGUGUCCCGACGUAGGCAGGUGAGGGCCUACCUGGCAGAAAGCAGGCCUGAAGCUGAGAGGUGGUCGGCUGCUGUGCAGUGUCUGCUCAGAGGGGUGACUGUCACUGCUGACACAGAAUUUUCCAGAAGUCUGCUACCUCGGCCCAGACGACUACUGCUCUUGGUAAAUCCCUUCAGUGGGAGAGGCCAGGCAAUGCAGUGCUGUCAGACCCACAUCCUGCCAAUGAUCAGAGAGGCCAGUAUCAGCUACAACCUCAUACAGACAGAGCGUCACAACCAUGCGAGGGAGCUUAUCAGAGAGAUAUCACUCCCAGAGUGGGAUGGCAUCAUCAUUGUUUCUGGGGAUGGCCUGCUGCAUGAGGUAAUUAAUGGGCUGAUGGAUCGUCCUGACUGGGAGCGAGCAAUAAAAACACCUGUCGGCGUUCUGCCCUGUGGUUCUGGGAAUGCACUGGCUGGCUCCAUCAAUCACUACGCAGGGUAUGACAUGUGCCUUCGGGAGCCCCUCCUUUUGAACUGCUGCUUUUUGCUCUGUCGCGAUGGUGUCCAACCCAUGGACCUGGUCUCUGUGACGACAAGUCCUGCUCCCUCUAACAACAGUCAUACUGCAGCACCCAGGAGACUGUUUUCUUUCCUUUCUGUUGCGUGGGGCUUUGUGUCCGAUGUGGACAUAGAGAGUGAGAGGUAUCGUGGUCUGGGCUCAGCUCGCUUCACCCUGGGCACCCUGGUGCGCAUAGCUUCUCUCCGUUCCUACAAGGGUCGCCUGUCCUACCUGCUGCCCUCUAUUGUCCCCACAUCACCAGAUGCCACACCUCCUCCUCCAAGGAGACCUCUCUCCCGCAGUAUCACGGAAGGCCUCGAAGGCUUCUGCCGAACACCCAUCCAUCGCACCUGCUCUGACAUGGGUAUCAGUGAACAGAGAAGCCUGCGUAAGGGGGAGGGAGAGAGGGAAAAAGAGGAGAGGCAGCGAGAAAGAGAGAGGAGAAGGGAGAGGGCCAGAGGAGGAGGAACUGGUGUGGUGAGGGCAAGCAGCCUGGCGGAGGACAGAGAGAGGGAGAGAGAGAUGGAGAUGGAAGCAGAAGAGAGGUCAGGGAUGAGUUCAGAAUCAAAUGAAAGGGAUGGAUGCAAUAUCGGGAGGGAAGAAAGGUUGGCAGGGAUCAAAGAUGAAAAAGAAGAUGAGGGAAGAGUAGAGCAGGACUCCAGUGAGAUGGAGGAGGAGGAUACAGGGAAGGAUGGGGAAAGCAGUGGUUCUGUUGAGGGGGAGGGAGCACUGCAUGCAAGAGAACUGGGAGAGAGAUAUGGGGCAGACAUCGGGCAAGAGGCAGAUGAAGAUGGAGAGGGUUGUUUCAUUUACCAAGAUAACCUUCAGGCAGCCAGACAGGCAGUAAGAAAGAAUUCUGCCCCUUCAAGCCAGAUAGCCAGCGCUCUUUUCAACCAGCCGCCCAGUCCGCAGAUGGAGGCAGAUUCUGGCACCUCGUAUGGAGUAGAGGAUAUGAAUGGAACCUACUACCCAAAAGAACCCUACCCACUGAACGUUGCUCGAGAGCGAGCUCUCACCAUUUCUUCUCCCUUUCGUCACUCUCCUUUCUCAUGCAAACCUAAGACACUGGACCAAAACCAGAACGCCUCCAGGCCAAGGCCCCUCUCCCUCCUCCAGCACUCCCACUCAAACUCCCUCCCACCUAAACUCCCCUCCCUGUCUCUUCCUCUUUCUCCCACACCCCCCUCUUCCCCAUCUUGUGCCUCCCCACACUCCUCAUCCUACCUUGCCCCCCGUCCUAACACCCCAAGCUCCACCUCACCCUCACCCUCUCUACGCACACCGUCCUCGUCAUUUAACUUUGAAAUUGCUGAGCCAGCAGGACCCCUUAGGAACCGUCCUUUUGGCUCUCUGCCUUCAAAUCUCCCUAGGGAUGAUUUGCUACCCCCCCUCGACCAACCCCUUCCCAACAGAGACUGGGUUACAAUUGAAGGGGACUUUGUCCUGGUCCUGGCUCUUUAUCAGACCCACCUUGGGGCUGACCUCUAUGCUGCACCCCAGGCCAGGUUUGACGAUGGGCUGAUCCACCUGAGUUUUGUGCGGGCGGGAAUUUCCAGAGCCACUCUGCUGAGACUGUUUUUUGCCAUGGAAAGAGGAACCCACCACUCUGUCAGCUCACCUUAUGUGACCCAUGUUUCCUGCAGGGCCUUCAGGUUGCAGCCCCUGUCUACACGAGGAACACUCACUGUGGAUGGAGAACUUGUGCCCUAUGGGCCGCUUCAAGCCCAGAUUCACCCUUCCAUGGCUCGUCUCAUUGUUGGCGACUCUGGAGUGAAGAUUACCAGAUUCUAAUCAGGGAUUGGUUGAGUCGAUUGACGGAUACUCUACUGAAUGAUGUGAUCUCUGUUGUCAUCUGUACUCAGAGGAGGGGGAUGUCCAAGAGACUUAAAAUACCCUGGAUUGCAGAAACUGUUUUUCCUGUGGUUUAAUGAAAGGGAUGCCCCACCGAGCCACGUGUCGUUGGAGAAUGACUGCAGGGAUUAAUAGCAAAUUUGAAAAUGGAUGAAAAAAUGCACCUCAUUGCACUGCUGUUGGAUUACGCUCAGCGCACCCUGAGAAGCAUGAAAACUGCACAGCCUGAAAUAUCAACAUGGAUAAACAGUUGAAUGUUUAUGGGAUGUUUUAUGCAGAUAGUGCAUGUGUUGGAUGUAUACAUAGUGGUAUGCAUGCAGAGAAGCACUACUUAAUUUUUGCCUUACAAUGACAUGGAGAGAUUAAAUUCAAAGAAAGGUCUUUAAACAAGAAAAAACAAAACAUGAUACCUACUUGGGCCAGUCCUCAUUGAAAACUGUCCCCAGCCCUCUCUUUUCAGUCCCACUCUCAGUGUCUAAAUCUCUGAGCAUAAAAAAAUGUUUGGAAAGGAAUGCCUUAUCUGACCCCGGAGAGUACAUUUGUAUUCGUAUUGCAUAAGAAAUCUCAUUUUUCUCAUCUGUCCACCUAUGACAGUGUCUGUCCACUACAUAAAAGAAAUAUUCUUAGAUGUAUUGGUAGACCCACCUCCUACUGUUAUCUUUGAGCACGCUACUCUCCACUCGCUUAUGCGUCAUUGGAGAAAAAUGUUGAUUUAAGAUACAGUUUAAUUACCAUUUCAUGCAAGUGAGUGCAAUGAGAUCAAGCUUUUCAGUCGUUACGUGACGAUGGAACGGUGACCAUUACUAACAGUUUUACAAACUGCCUGUUGUAAGUGGAUGCACGAUGAUAGUCAGUGAUAUCAGACUUUGCAAUAUAUUGAAACAUAUAAAUGUCUGAACAAAGCAACCUUUGUCAGUUGUUUUAGACUGUUCAUUUUCAAGGUAUCAAAACCAUUAACCGUGAGCAGUACUUUAUGUUUAUGAAAGUGGAAUUAGAUGACAUUACACAUUCUCUGUUAAAUAGUAAUUUGGGCAUUUAUUUUGCACAAUAACUGGAGAUGAAGCAGCACAGAAAACCACAACACUAGGAUACAUAGUAACAUUUAGAUACAUCUGAAGAGUACCAGUUUUAGUAGCCUAGUCGAGAUACUAUAAUAAAUGAAUCACAUUACAUUUCAAGCCUGAACUGGCUUAAAUGUUUAGAUUAGAACACUCAUGGCUUUUGAAAGGCAGGACUGACCAAUUACAAAAUAAUUUAUGAACUUUAAAACAACACUGAAAUCAGCAGCUCUGUGUUGUGAGGUCACAUCAAACUUUUGAUUAAAAGUUAAAUGAGGAAAAAGUGUAUUUGCACUGUGAGAAAUCUUCCAGCAACAGAGCCCCUCUGUUGAAGUAAGUUUGAUGAUGGUUUGGUGUUGAGAUGUGAAAUCAAACAGCAGACCUCCUGGGAAUAGUUAUGUUUUAGAAGUUAGUUCUGUUUAUUUUAAAAGAACACAAAUAAUUAGUCUGGAAAAAUGCUAGAUAAUUACAUUUGCAUGUGCAGUGUCUCAAUCAUGUCACCAUCAACAUACUGUAUGUCUUGGCCAUGCCUGGACAAAUCAAUGCCUUUGUGUAAUAAGCCUGUAAAUUCUGGCUGUUGACUGAUCAUGAACUGUUGAAUCGAAAAAUGGAGUAAAACUCUUUGUUCACCAGGCUGUUACUUUUCUUUUUUGUUUCCCUUUGAAUGCACAAUGCAGCUAGUCCACAAUUACACUGUGCAUACACAGCUACACAGCAGUGUAUGACAUUUCGAGUCUUGUACCAUUGCCAAACAGAAAACCUGAUGUACACUUUGACUAGUUUUGCCAAUGUUUGAUGUUUAAGAAAAUACUGAGUUUACCAUCCUAAACAUUUUGCACUAUGGGUGUUAUAGACCAAUUUGAUAUGACAAGGUCAGGGUGUGACUCCUCAGUUCAUAGUGCCAUUAAGAUGUCAGUUAGCGUACUGCCUGUAUUGAAAAUGUAAUUAUUACUAGAGCAAACAAUGUACAUUUAUAUAUUGUUUUGAAUAAAUGUAACAAGUUUGUGUGUAGCAAAUCUACUGUACUUUUGUUUGUCACAGCAGUGUGAUUUUUCAUUUAUAUUAUACAGUCAGAAGUGCUUUUUAUAUUAAGAGAAGGAAGUUGCUUUUAUCAGCGACAUUUGACUUUUGAUAUCUAAUGGCAUUGUUUAAACCACGGCCUAUAGAUUAAACAGUUUGUCUGCAUUGCAAUCAGUCACAAUAUACUAAUAAAUAAAGGAG